AUGCCUGAUGACCAAGAUAAUGACGGACAUUUUACGUCCUCCACCACCAACAAUGCUGAAGAUGGUGAAAUGUCGAUGAGUGAUAUGGAUAAUAUGAUGAGGAGCAUGUAUCCAAGGGGUUUCCAGUUGUCCAAUUUCACUCUCGAGAAAGGGUGGUAUCUGAAUGCUUCCAACGCCAUUUGUACUUUCAGAGGACGUCCUUGCAAUUGGACAACGGAUUUCAACCACGUUUUUACAGCAUUCGGGAACUGCUUCACUUUUAAUGCUAACAACGACGCUUUCCAAGAUCAACCUGGCGCCAAAAACGGACUCAGUCUCGAAAUAAAUAUUGAACAGCAAUACUAUAGCAACCGCCUGCAACUAGGCGACCAGGUGGAUGCUGGGAUUUUUUUCCACGUGCACAACCAAUCUGUGCCGCCCUCUGUCGAGACGGACGGAAGAGCAGUUCCGCCAGGUUUCCACGCCUACGUUGGGCUUACCAGGACAGACUCGUAUUCGAUAGACCCACCAUACGGUCUGUGUAACAAGUCGGCAGAACUGGUCAAUUUUCCGGACUAUUCCGUGGCCGCCUGUGUACUGGAGUGUAAAGAGCAACACAUGCUGAGAGAGUGUGGAUGCGAACUCUUUGAAUACGAGGGAAGAGGAAGGGAAUGUUCGCUGAUGGAGGUUACGACAUGCGCCAAACCACUAUUAGGUGAGAUUAAAACCAUUUAUUACUUUUUAUGGAAUCAUUUAUAUGAAUUUUCCAACAUGUGUGACUGUCCCGUCGCUUGUGAGGACGUGACGUAUGCUACGUCAGUGACGUAUACGUCAAUACCUAGUAACAGUACAGCAAGUGAACUGGCUACGAAUCUACGUAUGUCCCCCACUGAAGUCAAAGCGAACUACGUCAUUAUGGAUAUUUACCUGGAAAACCUGAACUAUAUCAAGAGCGAGCAGUUACCAGCCGUGGAGCCAUCCGCUCUAAUAAGUGACAUCGGUGGACAGUUUGGACUCUUUAUGGGCUUCAGCCUGCUGACCAUUAUCGAAUUUAUUGAGUUUGCGGCGAUGACCUUGUACACGUGGAUUUUAUCGGCCAAGCGGCAGCCAAAAGUUGACAUUGUGAUGGUUAAAAUGACCUCGACUAGAAAUGAAAAAGAAGAGAAAGCAAAGGAGGAGCCGCAAGUUUCCAUCGAGGCCUUUGCGACAUCCACUUCUGCGCAUGGCUUCGCCCGCGCCUAUCAGAGUCGCCAUCUUGUGGCGAAAGCAAUCUGGACCGCUUUGAUCACUGCGGGAUUCGUCGUCGCUGUGGUGCAGAUAUACUUCAGGUUUGCUUCCUACUUCAGAUACGACACGACGACUAAAAUAACCAUGGUGUUCGCCAAGGAACUGCAGUUUCCGGCUGUAACUAUUUGCAAUGCUAACAA